AUGUCCGGAAAAACUGCGCUAGUCAAGCUGAUAGUGCCUGCCGGAAAGGCUGCCGCUACUCCUCCUGUGGGUCCUGCGUUGGGAUCCAAGGGUGUAAAAGCCAUUGAUUUUUGCAAGGAGUUCAACGCCAGAACACAGAUCUAUAAGCCAGGAACGCCGAUUCCUGCAUUGGUGAAGGUGAAUCCAGACAGAACCUUUACAUUCGACAUUAAAUCGCCGUCGACUGUAUGGCUGUUGAUGCAAGCAGCCGGAAUUUCCAAGGGCUCGGCGGAAAACAAGAAGCCAGUAGCCACCCUCAGUCUGAAACAUGUGUAUGAGAUUGCGAAAAUCAAAAAGGGAGACUUCAGGCAUCAGCACAUGGAUCUCGAAGUGAUUGCCAGAAAUGUUUUAGGAACGGCUAAAACGAUUGGAAUAGACGUGGUUGCUUAA